AACACUUGUGAUGUCCGAAUUUGGCUAGGAAAUGGGGAAAUUCCGGUAGCAAUUAAGAGGGAUUUAAGUGUGUUUUGUUGCUUAAUUCAAGUGAGAUUUAUGUGAUUGAGUGUUAGUUGGUUGUUGUGAUUUUUGGAGAAAAUCCCGUGAGAUUAGCUAGUGUUUUGGCCAAUUUGUGGAAGUGGAGGUACUGUUCACGUCGGGGUCAUUGUUCACCGACACUGUUCACCGGUUACUGUUCACACCCCGAGGGCCAACAUUUAAUGGGAAUUUAAAUGAUUAGUUUGUGAUAUGGGAACGAAUUUGGAGAUAUUUGAUCAUGUGAAGAUUGAUAGGAAUAGCAUUGGGAUUAAGAGUGAUCUUGAUGAUUUCAGUUUGAAUUUGUGAUAGUCCGGUAUUAAUUCUGAGGUAUUUUGAUUAGGUUCUCGAUCGUUCUAUCAGUUAGCAUUGAGAUUGAGUGCUCGGUUUUAUGCAAGUGAGGAAGUGAAACCGAGGACGGGAAAACCACGGGAAGUGACGAGUUAGAAGGCUAGCCAUAUUGUAAUUGGAUAUAAAUUUUAGAUAUGAAUCAUGAUCUUGUAUUUGGAGAUUUUAUGAUAUGAGAGAGAAUUUUAAAGAUUUGAUCUUCAGAUUUUGAUGGUAUCAGAGUGUGACAUGAUAAGUUCUGAGUCUUGUGCACUUGUGGGACUCGUCUCACGAUUAUACGGCGUUUGCCACGUCCCCAGAUUUGGGUUCUGGGGCGUGACAUUAUAAGUGUAAAACCUUGUGCACAUUACCCCACUUGAAUUGGUCUUAUAAGUCUUAUGGUUUUUAUAUAACAAUAAAAUUCUAUUUCUCAU